AUGGUCCAAUUGGAAAGUGGCUUUCCAAAUCGUUUUCGUUACCUUGUUAUUAUUUCAUGUAUUGGUAAGCAACAAACAGAAGAAUCGGCUCUUCUUGGUUUUGAUGUUACUACAAAUGAAAUUACAAUUGGUAUGAUAUUACCAAUAUGGGCCGAUUUGGAUAUAUCACUCGACGGUGAUGGUGGUUUCAAGGUAACUUCAUGUGAUCAAUGUUAUAUUUUCAAGCCGGUGAGCGUUCAAGCUCUGUGGACUGCAUAUCAGAGUUUGCACAAAGUAUCAAAUCAAGCUCGUCAUUAUAAUUAUAUAGCUAAUAAUGGUCUUACACAUAGUUGGUUAGAACAUUAUCGUAAUAUAGAUUUACGAUCAAAUCAAAUCUAUAUUAAUGAAUGGAAUCAAAUGGAUGAUAUAUUAUCACAUCGUAGUGACUCACCUCAUUUAUAUCAACCAUUAUCAUCCGAUGAAGAAUCACUUCGUACUCGUAUACAUGUUAAACUAAAAGAAAUUAUGUUACAAGUUAAUCUUGAUGAAGUAACACCAAAAUUUUUACGUGAACAAUUAGAAAAAGCAUUUGAAAUGUCACUAACUCCAUUUAAACAAUACAUUGAUGAUGAAAUGCUUCAAAUUCUUGCACAAAUGGAUAAACCAACAAUGAUUUUACCACAUCUUUAUCUUGGUUCUGAAUGGAAUGCAUCAAAUUUUGAAGAAUUAAAAGCAAAUAAUAUUGGUUAUGUAUUAAAUGUUUCACGUGAAAUAGAUAAUUUUUUUCCUGGACAUUUUAAAUAUUUAAAUGUUCGUGUUCAUGAUCAUGAUGAUGCAGAUUUACUAAAAGAAUGGGAAAAAACAUUUCGAUUUAUAAACGAAGCAAAAGCUAAUAAUCAAUGUUGUUUGGUUCAUUGUAAAAUGGGUAUUAGUCGAUCUGCUUCAACGGUAUUAGCAUAUCUAAUGAAAGAAAAUAAUCAAUCAUUAGCUGAUGCAUUGGAACAUGUAAAAAAACGACGAUCAUGUAUAAAUCCAAAUGGUGGAUUUCGAAAUCAAUUAGUUAUUUAUGAAGGAAUAUUAGCCGCACAUAAAACAUUUCGAAGUAAAUUAAAUGAUAGUCAAAUAACUACAACGGAUAAAAAAACUUCGGUUACACCAAUACGUACAACUGAAAGUGUACCAUCGACACCUACCGAAUCAUUAACAUCUUUAUCAACAGAUUCAAUGGUUAUAAUGAGAAAAAAAUCAUCGAAUAAAUUUAAUUGUGGAAUAAAACGUCCGAAUUCGAUGGUUUAA